AUGCUUGGAAAAAUCAUUACUCAUGUCCCCAACUUUUUGAAGCGACAGCUGAUUUACCCUCACCAUUCCUUACUAAAUUUGGUGAUAGGAAAAGCAGACUUCAGUGGCUUUGAAUAUAAAGGAUCUGACCAUUUUCUUUCAUAUUCCUCAACCGAAAAGUUGGAUUCUGCUAUCAGAACCUCAGAUCAGCACUCCAAAAAUGGUAUUGCCCAUCUAAGUACUAUUGAAGAUUUAAGAAGCUUUGUGUCACAUCCUAGUACAACAGUUAAUGAUAUUUUGGACAUUGAUAUACGGUUGCUACCUUCGGAAGCAUGUGCGAUGUGUUUAGAAGCUUUACUAAGAAUGCAAAAUCAGUCUUAUGACUUACUAAUUCGUAAUGCUCAAAAUGAUUUAAGAAAUUCUAUUGCAUCUGGUGUUGACUGGCCAUCACAUUAUAUAAAAUUGGAGCAUAUAACAAAAUGGCAUAAAUUUGAUGUAGGAAGUAAUCCAUUCUAUAAUAAUAAUAAUGACUACUCUUGGAUGAAAUCGGAAAAAUUCGAUCUUUUAGUAUUAACAACAGCAGCUUGUGCCAAUGGUUUAUCUAUUGAAUCUUUACUAAGGCUAGCUGGAUAUUUUGGAAAUUUUUGGGAACGAUAUGAACCAAAAGUUUAUGCAUCAGUACUACGUCAUAUUAAUAAUCAGAUCAACAAAUUAUCAUGCGUUCAUUUAGCUCAAUUGGCACAUGUAUUAUCUAAAUUGAAGUAUAGUCAAACUUUUGGAUUCCCUCAGGAAUUACGUACUGAGAUUCAUUUAUUGGGAUCAGCAAUCGCUAUUCGUUUAUUGUCUGGAAAAGAGAUAUUAUGUUCAGUAGAUCCUACAGUUGCAAUUCGCUUGUUAUACGAUAUACGUUGGGCACUUUCGUACAAUCAAAGAGUGAUUCUGUUUGAUAGUAUUUAUUAUAAUCUUACAUUGAAUAAUGUACAAUGGAAUUUGUAUACAGUUGCUUUCCUACUACUUCAUUCAUGUAAACUAAUGAUCUAUAAACCUUCAGUGAUAAAAAGUUGUCUAGCUAAAAUAUCACGUAAAUUACGAAUAUCAGAUUAUCAUCCCAGUAUAAAUCAAUCCCAGUGGAUUAACGCUAUUCUUGCUGCUUUAGCUAAUUAUACAGUUAAUUUUAAUGGUGCAAGUGGAAAUUGUGAAGAAGAAUUACAAUAUUUCAUUAAACCACCUUGUCGUAAUCACAACAACAAUACAGUGUCAAUAUCUAAAAGUAUAUUUAUUCCGUACGAAGUAUUUACUUCUGAUUGGGUCCAAAGAUUGUUCAGUAAUAUAUGUCAGCACGUUACAAGUCAACAAAUAGUAGAUUAUAAUUCCUUGAAGUGUUUAGCACAGAUUACUUAUUCUUUGUCUUUAUUUGGUCACAAGGCUGAUUCCCUUAUUGAAUAUUUUAAUGAUGCAAUGGAAAAACUUAACAAUGAUGUUUCCCCUAACAUGUCGACAUCAUUAGCAACUGAAUUUUCUCAGCUACAAUUAUAUAUGAAUAUGGCUAAAUGUUUACUUACCCCACUUUCUAAAAAUAGUAAUGAAACUGAAAAGCUGUCAGUUUCUUCACUACCUAGUGAUUAUUGGAGAUUUUAUUAUCAUUGUGGUCUUGGACUUUUACAAAGCAAUGAAAUAAACGAUCCAGGGAUUUCCAAAAAAUUGAUAAAUAAAAGAAAAACCGUGAAUCGUUUAUACCAUGUGUUCCUUAAAAAUAGUGACCUGUUCAAAGAAUUAGAAAUGGAUACAUUUCAGUGUAUACUGUAUCCUAAUAGUGAUAAUAGUAACGUAUACUUUGCAGAUAUUCUGUUUAAACAAGUAUGCGAACAACACGAAGGUAAAUGUAAUUACGUUAUUUGUAUUGUACAUGAAAAUCGUGAUGAGGUCGCCAAAGGUCCGUUACUUUCACUGUUAAACUUUUAUCGUGAAACACAAUGUUUACCUGUUCUUACGUUUAAUAUUUGUACUUGGAAUAAUUUGCCUUAUACUGAAGCCAAACUAAUUAUGGUACAAAAUUUUCUACGUGAAGUAUCAAACAAAUUAAAUGAAAUGAAUAAUUUACAUCUACCGGAAAUUUAUACAACGAAUCUUGUUCUUCAUCCAACAUGA